GCGGAACCCCUGGACUGUACUGGCGGAACCCUGGUUGAAAACCACUGGCAUAGCAUAUUGCAGGGAAUUACAAACUAUUUUCGGAUUUCUGGAAACCAAGAUAAGUGGUCAGGUUGGGUUGUGUGUCAGGGACAAAUUUUAGCCAGAAUUACACAAGGGAUUUUAUUGUGUCUACACCGUUUAUUGCAAGACUGUCAUGGAAAUCGUUAUCCAAAUAUGUUUCAUAAUUGGUCUCAGUGUCCGAUUUUGGCUUUUCAAGACAAAUUUCCCUGCUUGGUUAUCAUCUCGAGUGGAAAUCUCGACACCCCUAACAUCAUGGAAACGGAUGAUGGAAGGUGUCUUUCUCACAAGAGAAAAUGUCUCUCCUUAUUCUGGGGAUCUUUUUCAUGAGACACCUCUUAUGUUGAAAUUCUCAAAUGUUAUGCUGGAAAUAUUUGGACAGAGCGACUAUCUUGUGUUCCUGGCCAUUGAUGCUCUCACAGGAGUUCUCCUUAUGAAAAUAGCUAAGCUUUUUGCCCGAUACCUGCUUCAGAAGCAAACCAAUGAUGUUGACACUUACUCGAAAGAUGCAGCACCCAUCCUUUUGAAGGCAGAAAAUUUAAAGAAAUUGCAAGUGUUUAUAGUUGCAGUGCAUUUCUUGAAUCCAUACAGUAUUGGAGUUUGUUUAGCCAGAUCAACUGGAAUAAUCCAUAAUUUUUUAAUUUUGUUGGCUUUCUACUGGACUGCUAAAGCCAACAUGAUCCUAUCCACCUUAUGCCUGGCAAUGGCCACCUAUGAAUGCUUCUACCCUGUGGUGCUCUGUGUCCCCGCGGCUCUAUAUUUCUACCAGUGUGAUUGCUAUCAAAAGAAAAACACAGACUCAAACACCACAUCUAGUUUGCCAUAUUUUAUAAAAACAUUCAUCCUUUUUGUAUUUUGGUUAAGCCUGCUGUUCAGUAUUUCUUACAUGCUACAAGACUCCCUGCAGUUCUUUAAUUCCAUAUAUGGAUUCAUAUUCACAGUUCCAGAUUUAACACCAAACAUUGGUGUCUUCUGGUAUUUCUUCACUGAGAUGUUUGAACACUUCCGGGUGUUCUUCCUUUUUGUGUUCCAAAUCAACGCCAUCGUCUACACGGUUCCUCUUGCGAUUCGCUUCAAAGAGCAGCCUCUCUUCCUUAUGUACAUUCUCACAUUCCUCACCGGAGUCUUCAAGUCUUAUCCAAGUUACUCAGAUGUCGCACUCUUCCUCUGUCUCCUUCCACUUUGGAAACAUUUAUUUCCGUAUUUACGGAACAGUUUUAUAGUAACCUGUAUGUUUAUCACCAGUACCGUUUUCUCUCCGCUGCUCUGGCACCUCUGGCUCUACGCUGGCAGUGCCAACGCUAACUUUUAUUUCGCCAUUACUCUGGUCUUCACAACAGCAGAAAUCUUUCUAGUAACGGAUCUCUUGUACGCCAACCUACGUUGGGAAUUUGAUCUGAAUCAUGGACUCAAUUACAAAUUAGAAAAUGGCAAGGAAUGCCAAGCAGUUUUAGAAUGAAUGCAGUUUGCGGUUCUUUUUGGACCAUUUACCAUUUCUAUAUGCCAUUAUCACCACACACACACACUCACUCUCACAUGUGCAGACUAACACACAUAAAAGUACAAAAGCAUAACUAAAUGGCAGUUGACUUUAAAGAACAAAACUUCUUUCUCCCCUUCUUUCUCUCCUUCUCUUUCUCUCUCUCUCAAAAGGAAACGUCUCCUUUUAUUCUGAGACCCGUUUCUUUUAAUUUUUUUUUUUUUUAGUUGUUAUACAUUUUACUUAUGAAAUGUUUACAGAUAUAACAGAAAAGAUGAAUAAAAAUCAGCUAUUUAUUAUUAUUA